AUGGAGACGCCUCUCCCUUUUGGAUGGAAGCCCCUCAACAUCGACUGCUAUGAUGGCACCACCGACCCAGACGAGCACGUCGAUCUGUACGUCACGCAGGUGAACUUAUACACUAAUGACGAUGCUAUUAUGUGUAGGGUUUUUCUGACCUUGCUUAAGGGAUCGACACUUGCCUGGUAUACUCAAUUGCUAGUGGGAUCAGUCGACAGCUUCGACACUCUGGUGAGGCGAUUCAUGGCGCAGUAUGCAACAAGUCAACUGCAUCACAUCACGUCCACCACCUUGGCCAGCCUCAGACAGGGCGAUGACGAACCACUGAGGAAGUUCAUGGAGCACUUUGUCGGCAUCUCCGUCAAAAUCCGCAACCUGAACCCCGAGAUGGAAGAACACACCACAUUCCGUGACCAAGUUUGUGGAAAACCACAGGGGAAGCAAGACCAUGGCCACAAAGAUAAGGUGAGAGUCACCAACGACAACCAAUUCAAGAAGGCUACACCGAACAAAGGCGGGAAGUACGACUUCUACACCCCCUUGAAUGCACCCCGCGUACACAUACUAGAGGAGACUAGUAAUACCGACCUGAUUACUCUGCCACCACCAGGGCACAACCCUAGUAGCGCGAACAAAUCCAAGCAUUAUCUGUAUCACAUAAACUAUGGUCACACGACCGAGGAAUGCAGCACGCUUAGGGACCGCAUCUACAAGAACAACAAGGGAGUGAGAAACAUCUCACUUAGUUUCAGGUGA